AUGGACGUGUGGGGCCCAGCCCGCGUCCGUGGCGUUGGAGCUACCGCUGGUGCUGCGGACCCGGGCGUUGGAGCUGCUACUGGUGCUGAGGACCCGGGCGUUGGAGCUGCUGCUGGUGCUGAGGACGUGGGCGCUGGAGCUGCUGCUGGUGCUGCGGACCCCGGUGCAGGUGUCCCUGCUGGCUCUGGUGUCGCUGCUCGGUCUCGGCCGUACUUUGUUCCGCUCCUUCAGCAGGUUCUUGGUCAGCUUCCUCCUCCUCUUCCUCCUCCCUCCUUAGCGUGUCCUCCGCCUGUCCAGCUGCAGUCGCAGCUACCGUCUGCCUCCUCUCUCCCUGGUCCUGCUCCUUACACUGGUCCGACUGGAGGUCUUACUGAGCGCCGUGAGCCUGCGUCUCGUCCUGCGUCGCCUGAGUCUCGUCCAGAGUCGCCUGUUCGCACUGCUCUCUCUAGUAGUCGAGUCCAGCGUCAGCGUCUUCCUGCUGUCCCAGGCACUCACCGUAUGGCGCUUCGUCCGUCCACUGCUCCACAGCGUGUCCCACUGCCAUCUCCUCCUGCUUCCUCUCUUCCUGCUCUUGCUGACCCUGGGUCAGACUCUCUUCGUGCUACCAGUCCUACUGUCACGCGUCUCCUGGCUACUGUUAUCACUGACCCUUCCUUUGAGUCUGCUGCUGCGUCUGCCUUAGUUGCUGAGCUUGUCGACUUUGCUGCUCGCUGUCGUCUAGACUACGCUGCUAGCCUAGUUGCUGAGUCUGAGUCUGUCUGUCCUCCGUCCGUCGGGGGUGAGUGUGCUCUUGGCACUGACGACCUUGAGGACAGGCAGGAGGAGUUUGAGUGCUUUGCUGCCACUUUGCCCCAUCUCGUGUCCAUGCUUGUUGCCCCUAAGGGAGACCCGGAUGCACCAGACAUCCCGACCCCUCGCUCUUACGCAGAGGCGAUGGUCGGUCCCUACUCCUCUCAGUGGCAGGUGAAGCGGCCGACGGGCACUCCGUCUGUCUUCAAGGUGCGUUACGUUGCACGAGGCUUCAGUCAGCGAGAGGGAGUUGACUUCUUCCAGACCUUCUCCCCGACCCCGAAGAUGACCACUCUUCGGGUUCUGCUGCACGUCGCCGCUGAGCGUGACUACGAGCUCCACUCGCUUGACUUCAGCACUGCUUUCCUGUAG